AUGGCGCAAAGGUACGAUGAGCUGCCCCAUUACGGCGGGAUGGACGGAGUAGGGGUGCCGGCUUCCAUGUACGGAGACCCUCACGCUCCCCGGCCGAUCCCUCCGGUUCACCACCUGAACCAUGGGCCGCCGCUACACGCCAGCCAGCACUAUGGAGCCCACGCCCCGCACCCCAAUGUCAUGCCGGCCAGCAUGGGAUCGGCUGUCAACGACGCCUUAAAGCGGGACAAAGAUGCGAUCUACGGGCACCCGUUGUUCCCCCUGUUAGCGCUUGUCUUUGAGAAGUGCGAGCUGGCGACCUGCACUCCCCGGGAGCCUGGUGUGGCCGGCGGGGAUGUCUGCUCCUCGGACUCUUUCAACGAGGACAUCGCGGUCUUCGCUAAACAGGUCCGCGCUGAAAAACCACUUUUUUCUUCAAACCCAGAGUUGGACAAUUUGAUGAUCCAAGCAAUACAAGUACUAAGGUUUCAUCUUUUGGAAUUAGAAAAGGUCCACGAGUUGUGCGAUAACUUUUGCCAUAGGUACAUUAGUUGUUUGAAAGGAAAAAUGCCAAUCGAUCUAGUUAUUGACGAAAGGGAUGGCAGCUCCAAAUCUGACCAUGAAGAACUCUCAGGAUCUUCCACAAAUUUAGCCGACCAUAACCCUUCAUCUUGGAGAGACCACGAUGAUGCAACCUCAACGCAUUCAGCAGGCACACCGGGGCCCUCCAGUGGGGGCCAUGCUUCCCAGAGUGGAGACAACAGCAGUGAGCAAGGGGAUGGUUUAGACAACAGCGUAGCCUCACCUGGUACAGGGGACGAUGAUGAUCCAGAUAAGGACAAAAAGCGUCAGAAGAAAAGAGGCAUUUUCCCCAAAGUAGCAACAAAUAUCAUGAGAGCGUGGCUUUUCCAGCAUCUCACACAUCCAUAUCCUUCAGAGGAGCAGAAGAAACAGUUAGCCCAAGACACAGGACUUACAAUUCUACAAGUAAACAACUGGUUUAUUAAUGCCAGAAGAAGAAUAGUACAGCCUAUGAUUGACCAGUCAAAUCGAGCAGGUUUUCUUCUUGAUCCUUCAGUGAGCCAAGGAGCAGCAUAUAGUCCAGAGGGUCAGCCAAUGGGAAGCUUUGUAUUGGAUGGUCAGCAACACAUGGGAAUCCGGCCCGCAGGUUUGCAAGGCAUGCCAGGGGACUGCGUCUCUCAGGGUGGUCCUAUGGGUAUGAGUAUGGCACAGCCAAGUUACACUCCUCCCCAGAUGACCCCACACCCUACUCAGUUAAGACAUGGACCCCAAAUCCAUUCAUAUUUGUCAAGUCACCCCCAUCACCCAGCCAUGAUGAUGCACGGCGGACCCCCUACCCACCCUGGAAUGACCAUGUCAGCACAGAGCCCCACAAUGUUAAAUUCUGUAGACCCCAGUGUUGGUGGACAGGUUAUGGACAUUCAUGCCCAAUAG